AUGGAAGAAGAAGAAGAAGUAGAAGAAGAAGUGAAGAAACAAGAAGUAGAAGCAGGUGAACGCCAGACAGACGAGAAACACGACAGACACAGACACAGACAGACAGAUGAUGCUGCCUCUUCCUCUUCUACUGCUUCUUCUACUGCUUCUGGGAAAUGCAAGGAAGACGCCAGGCACAGGGAGGGGUCUGUUUCAGACGCUGCUCCUGACCCGUCGCCCUUGUCGCCCUUGUCCUCCCUCUCUUCCCUCUCUUCCCUAGUUAGGUGCUCUCUUCCUCCGGCGCGGCCAGGAUGUCCCCAGGAACACUGCAUAAAGCAAGCACACCCUCAUCACGCCAGCGACAAGAGCAGCAGCUUCCUCCGAGUGUGA